AUGACGACACCUUCGCACCCGCGAUCGUUCGGCUCCUCCAACUAUCCGACAGCCUCGUCUUCCUCGGAUUACUCGCCCACAUCCACCAGCACACCCUUUGCUACACCGGCCACGCGUGCCACCAGCAUCGCUCCCAGCACCUUUUCGCGUUCGGGCCCCGGGAACCGCCGCGCCAAGUUCUCCAUGAGCAAUGCAGCCAACGAGUCGCCGCUUCAAGCUAUCCACGCCAGCCCGACCCCCACUGGCUCCCGUUCUGCAACGCCUGCCAGCAUGGAGGAUCCUACCGCCAGGGACGACCCGGAAUCCUCUUGUGCCGCUUCGACUUCCUUCACAGCGCGUCAGCCGGCUCGAUCGGGCAUUCGCGCUCGUCUCACAGCAGCUAGCGGGUCCAACAGUACCAGCUCGCCUCUGACAUCGUCAGCGACGUCAAAGCCUACAACAUCGGCCACGUCGACCGCAGCAACAAAGCUAAGCAGCGCUGCCGCCGGGACCAUGGCAGGCGCGUCAGGCUCCUCUGCCACAGUAGGAGGCUCAGAAAUGACCAAGGAUGCCGAAGACUUCUUCGCCAGGGCACAAGCUAUGGGUCUUCGCCUCACCCGCGAAGACUACGAGAGGACAAAGGCCGGCGUCGCUGCCUUCCUCAAAGCAGAGCGUCGUCCAUUCUCGGCUACCCCAGCUCCUUCCGCGACGUCAACAUCGGCGUCUUCGUCCAAGGCUGCUGACCGCAAGCCAUCGACGAGCAGCCAAAGCACGUCGACUUCGACCAAGCCGGACGCUUCCGCCGACUCUGCUUCCGACGCUGAAAAGACGGCCGAGGUCAAGGCGGGACCCUCGCAACCUCGUCUUGCCGCUCCCUCUCCCCUCGUUCGUCCAGGUGCUUCGACGUGGGCUCGCAACGCGAGCAGCCCCGCGCUGUCCUUCUUCACUGCUGUCAUCGAGCCAGAGGACUCUCCCGGAUCGCCCAAGAUUCACCCCAGCCUCGAUCAGGUUGGCAACAUGGAGGAACGACGUCGCCUCAAGCUCAAGAAGCACAAGCUGCGUCAGCGACGCGAACGCGAGCGUGCCAUCCUCGCCGCAAAUGCUGCAUCCUCGUCUAGCAAGACAUCGAACGACUUGCUCGCCACGCCCAACUCCACCGUCGCUCAAUCCUCGCCGGGCUCGGGCUCAAGCUCUACCUUCCGAACUCCCCCCGCGAGGACCCACGGCAAGAAGGGCAGCUGCAGCAGCAUCAAGUCGGCGACCCGAGUCGGCCUUGGCCUCGACCUGAAUGGCAGCGAUUCCACCACAAGCCCAGACCCGUCGACGCCACCCGAGGGAUUGUCCAGUGGCUUCUCCGGUCGCCGCUCCCGCAUCCGCACCGUGUCGUUCGAGUCUUCGCCCGUGAUGCGUGUCAGUGACGAGGUGCGUGACUGUACGUCGCUCGAAGAGCUCAGCCGCCGCGCUUGGGUCAGCCCUCGAGGAACGUUGCGAUUGCUCAGGUCGCCGGUCGAAGACGACGCCGUUUUCUGCAGUCCUGACGUCGAUGUCGACGACUCGGGAGUUUGCUUUCCCGUCCUCGAACCGCCGCCCUCCUCUGCCGCUGGGGGUCUCAGCGGCGGUCUGGCUGCUGACGGUUGGGGCGCUGCGCAUCGCAGGGCUCUUUCCGCUAGUUCUACAGGCACCUCGGCUCCUACGCAUCUCGAAGGCCUCGACACCAAGAUGAGCGGACUGAGCUUCCUCGACAGGAUCAUGUCCAAGCAGACUAGCCCUCGGCGCCUCUACAAGGCAGAGAAGCUGAGGCAGAAGGAGGCAGCCCAGCAAAAGGUGCUGGAAGAACAGGUGCAGGCCGAGCUGGCCGCACAGCACUUGGCUGAGGCCGCUGCGCGCGCCGAAUACGAUCAGAAGGAAGCCGUCAAGGCUGCUGCCGCCGCGGAUGCCAUCAAGGCUGCCAACCCGGACUACGCCUCGCUCGUGCUCAGCACCCCCAACGCAGGGAACAAGACACGCAAGUCGCCGGACUCCGUCCUUCGUGCCACCCCCUUGGAAACGUCUUCUUCCCGCGCGCUGCGCUGGACCACCAUGGGAACAAGCCCAGGCCUGCAUAUGCGUAUGACCACGCGCGAGCACUACGACUUCACCAUGCACGGCAUUUCGCCCAGCCAGCCUAGCUAUGACUCUCUCGACACAAUUUGCAACAUCACCUCCACGCCUGGCCCCAUCUCCUUCUCUGCUUGGGACGCCGAGCCGCUGUCGAGCUUGCGCAGGGGUUCCGAUGCCAAUCGCUCCAAUGUGCGAGGCAGCUCGGCCGCCACACCUGCCGCCCACUUCUUGCUGGCCACCGACGAGCACCGACCCGAGCUCAUUGGCGUCAGUCCAUCCGUCGCCGGCUUCUUCCACGCGAGGCAGGCGAGUGCGCAGGCUUCUGCCAACUCUUCCCUCAUGCGCUCUUCAUCGCAGGGUGUCGCGGUCAUGUCUCCGCUUUCGGGACGUCUGGUGUCGGGCGUCGCCAGCCGCAUUGGCGACCUCGAUUUCGACGCCGACGACGACAUUGGCGUGCACCACGAAGAUGCAGCCCCGAAAGGCUUCAACGCAAAGCGCGGCCUCUUGUUCGCCGUUCCAGGCGGCACCGCCCUCGACCCGCCGCCCGCUUCCCUUGCUGAAGCCGUCCAGCUCGACGACGACGCUCACAAGACUUUUGCCAUGUCCACUUCGUCGCCGAUGCGUUUCGGUCGAUCCCUACGAGCAGGCACGGCCGGCGACGAGAUGAUCGGUGGUAAGCUGCCGUUCGCCAGCCCCCGCAGCGCCCUCGUCCGCGCUCAGAGCGGCACCGCUCUGGACUCUCGCCGCGAGCGUCUCCCUUCCGGCAACAUUCGAGACUUUUUGGGCUCCGGACCUAGCAGCACCAGGCACAAGCGCGGCCUUUCGCGCAAGAUCGACACCAUCAGCCCAGCCGAUGUCUUUGGCUCCAGCCUGCCUCGCACCGUCUCUGCGCCGUCCGUCGAUACCAGGCAGCCGCUGCCCGAACCGACCAAGGCCGGCGUGCGCGAUGCUUUUGCUGAGGAGUCCCUAGAUGACAGCAUCCUUGUCGCGCAGAAUCGGAGCAAGAAGGGCAAGAAGGCGGUGGAGGCUCGUCGUGUUCAGAGCGACUCGCCGCCCUCUCCCAGCAAGCAGUUGGCAGAUGCAGGCAAGGGGCUCGUCGUCGACUCGGGUGUGCUCAUGCAGCCGCCUCAUCAGCUGACCGGCGUCGCCGUCAACCUGAUGACUACGCAAGCAGGAAGCGACCAGCCGGUGAUGGCCCUGUUUGCCGGCAAGGGCGCAGAGCAGCUGCCCCUUCCGGGGACGAUCCAGGCUGCUGAUCUCUCGCAACCCUCAUCGACGAAGAAGAGCAAGAAGGCCAAGGCCGCCGGUGGCUCUGGCACGGACUCGGGUUCGUUCAAGGUCAUCGACCUUCCGUGCCAAGACUUUGAGCGCAUGGCUCAAGCGGCUCCUUCGGUCCAGAACGGCGACGAGAUCGGUUGGGACCAGCCCGAUGGCAGCCGUCUGGUCAAGCUGGUAUCGGAGGAGCUCAGGGCGGCGCUCGACGCGGGCACUCUGCUCGAGGAGCCAGCUGCGCGCUACUAUCUGCUGCCGCCCGGCUUCGGACAGUCCAAGGCCAAGCCGAGCUCGGUCUCGUACGCCGGUCUGAUCGGACAAGCGAUCAAGUCAUCCUCGGACAUGCGCCUGUCGCUGUCGGAGGUGUACGACUGGAUCAGCUCCACCUAUCCUUUCUUCGAAAAGGGCGACCGCGGAUGGCAGAACUCGAUCCGUCACAACCUCAGUCUCAACAAGAGCUUUGUCAAGAUCGAACGCGAGGCCAACAUGCCCGGCAAAGGUGGAUGGUGGGGCAUCAAGCCCGGCCACGAGGAUCGCUUCCAGAACGGCUUGUACAACGCUGUUCCGCAGAAGUUCGAGGCUGCCAAGGCUCGUCAGCAGAGCCAGGCGAACAAAGCCGCGGGCUCUCCUGAUGCGGUCGAACGGGUGCUGAGCGUGGCGGAUGUCGAUGCGAGCUUGACCUCGUCGCAGGGCGGCGAAAGCGUGGAUGGCAGCGCCAAGAAGCGCAACACCAAGCGCAAGAAGACGCAGGCGGGUGUCGUUGCCGAGAGCGGUGACGAGUCGGACAAGGAGAGCGGUCGAGCACCGUCGUCCAAGAAGGUUAAGAUCCUCGCUCCGACAGCCGUGGCCGAUCGCCUGCCGCUCCUCGAGACGCAGCCGCAGAACGGCGGUGCUUUGGCUGCCGGGAUGGCGAUCAACGGGCUGGAUUCCAUCACACCCAUCCGCCCCCAUGUCGGCUCGUCGGUCUACACCGGCAGCGUCGCCGGUAGCACCUACAGCAAGAGCAUCCCCGGUCUGAUCGACAGCGCUAGCAGUCCUCCGAGCAGUCCGUUGACGUUGAUGCCGCCCCCGUCGAUGCAGGCCACCGCCAAUCACAGCGCGAGGAAGCGCAAGAUGGCAGGCCAGGGCAAUGGGCAGCUCGGCUACGGCACUGGCUUCUCUCCUUCCCUGUACGCUAUGCGCGGCUCGGCGCUCGGCGGCGCGUUUGCCUUUUCCGGUGGUAUGGACGAUUCUUCGCGUGGUUCGCCAUUGCGUCGACAGACCAAAGGCUCGACUGGCGACAACACGUCGAACGGCGUGACGUCUCCCAAGCGAUUGUGGGCGAUCAGUUCGCCCGUGUCGUCGAUGCGCGGGCAAGGACAGAAGGGCCGCGGAGACGAAGGAGCCCGUUCACCCACCUCGACCGCUCGUGUAGCUGCAGCGUUGGCGCACUCGCCCAUCCGAAGCUCGCCUCUGCGAAGCGGUGCAGCAGGUAUGCUCUCGCCCAACUCGAGCGCCAGCCUGCAGAUGCAGCUGGCCAUGGGCGGUGGUGCCGGCCAGAUGGGAUUCAACGGCACCGGGUUUGGUGCUGGACUCGGGAUGGGAUCGGGACUGACGCCUGGACGCACGCCUGGCUCGUUGCGCUUCUCGAGCGGCAUGUCGCCCGGCCGCCGAGGAUUCGCAAGCCAAGGUCAGAUGAUGGGUAUGAGUCUGGCCGGCGCAGCUCCGCAAAACAUGCAGCAAGGUUGGUACCUGGACGAUCCCUUCGAGAUGCAGCAGGCCAACUUGCAACAGCAGCACCAGCACCAACAGAUGGUGCAGCACCACCAGAUUCACCCACAGCCUGGACACGGCGGUAUGGAUCCCCACUACGCUGGAUUCGGCGGCAUGGGCGAAGGACUGACCACUUCGCCGCUGCGUCAGGCUUGGAACAGCAUCCAGGCCGCGGGCGGCAUCCAGGCGUUUACCGGAGGCCACGCGUUCUCACAAGCUCGUCAGUGA